CUAGAACUGGGACAGGACAUUCCCAUUGACUUUCACAAUGGUAGUACUUACUGGUUCUCCACCAACGUUGUUGUUGCCAACGAAACUACUGACCUUUCCGUCGAAAACCAAAUCAACAUUAUGCUGGGAAGGAACAAACAAUGGCUCACAUACUAAUCAAAGUAACCCUAAUUCCACACCUACUGCUAAGGUUCAUGCCAAGGUCUUUCCCAAAGGCAAUGUUAUCGUUGCCUCCACAGAAGACGAUGACAAAACUGACGCACCAGCUGCCCCUACUAAGAAAAUGCCACAACAUCCGAACAUGAUAUCAGCAAAGUACGAUGGAGUUUAUGACAUGUUUCGUGGACGAUUGGACGAGAGUGGUUUUGUUUUCCAAAAAAACUUUGCAAUUAGAUCGUAUGAGUUAGGUCCUGAUGGCAAAGCAACCAUGACUUGCUUGAUGGAGCGUUUACAGGAAACAUCAGUUCAGCACUGCAGGAGUAUUGGGCUCCUUGUUGGUGGUUUUGGUUCAUCACUAGAGAUGAGCAAAAGGGGCCAAGUGUGGGUGGUCCGGAAGUUACAGGCUAUAGUGGAUAAAUAUCCUUCUUGGUAAACCAAUAUACUAAAACCCAUUAAAUUUUGAUACAUAUAUUAUUGUGCAGCUUUACGUCUGCAGGAUUUUGGGAAAGUUGAAGGAAAUUCGCUGAAAUAAUGAAUUCACAAAUUCCAUUGUUUUGAUCAAUAUGUCGUAGCUGAUGUUAUUCAAGUAGAUAGCUGGAGUGGGACAUCAGGGAACAAUGGUAUGUUCCGGGAUUGGAUAUUUCGUGAUUACAUAACUGGAGAAAUAUUAAUGCGAGCAACCGGGUUAGAAUCCACACUAGCUAAGAUUUUCAAAUUUCAAUACUGUCUUUAAUUAGUCCUUUGUUAUCCAAUAUGUUCAGUAAUGGUCUUUUGAGCUGCUGGCUGAGUUUUCUUGUUUUUCUCUUUUGGGCAGUGUUGAACAAAAAAAAUAAUAAACAUAUGAAAAAAUAGAGUCCAUACAAAUUGGGUCAAACUACAAGGUGUAAUCCAAGCCCAAAGGAUGAGGAUGGGCUUUACCCACAAAAAACAUUCAGAAAUAAAUAAAAAAUUUAUUUUCUCCUACAAAAGGGGGGAAGUAACGUACACAAAAGCAAAAAAAUACAGGUGCUCCCCAUUUUCUGCAAACAAAAAGGAACGUGGAGUCAGAAAUGGUGGUUAACAGAAAGUGGCAGGAGGUCAUGGCCUCUACCUCUCCCCCCACGUAACAAGCUCUAGAACUCUCCUAUGAUGCCUAUAAAUAGGCAUCACCUGCAACAACAAAAAAAGGGACAGACAGAAAAAAGACAGGGGAAACAAGAGAGGAGACGCUGCAGAAAUUGAAAAGCACAGAGAAGACAAUAGAGAGGCAAAGCAAGAGAGCAAAGGCACAACAAAGGAAAAGAAAGGAGAAGAAGAAAUCAAGAUCUACACGCAAGAACAAAGAGCAGGAGAAACUACACGGCAUUUGAAGGUAUAAGCCGUUUCAUUCUUUUUUAAUUUUUUUUCUGGGUUGGUUCUCUUCUUUGCUUUGUAGGAAGAAAAGAAGCACUUUGCUUCUUCAAACUGUCCCAUUCCCCAGAGCAAAAAAAAUGAAGGUAGAGACUCUAAAUAAGCAACCCCAGAUCCUUUCUCUCGCUCUCUCUGGUUAUUCACCGAGACCUAUGAAGAAAACUUGGGAAAUUUCUCUUCCCUGCUCAACCGAUGGCAGCAGGUGUUGAUGCAGCAACCAAACCGCAACACCACCGCUCUUCAACCGUUGUCUUCAGCCGUCCUUCGGAAGAAGCCCAAGGGCCCCGAGGACGGUGAACCAAGCAAUCAUCCAAACCGCAACACCACCGCUCUUCAAGCGUUGUUUCCGGCAGUCAUUCGGAAAAAGCCCAAGGGCAGUGCUAUCCGCACUCCGAGUAGACAAAAACGUGCAGUCCUGGUUCGUAAAAAGUAACCAAGGGACAACUUCAAAAGUUCUGGACACCAAGUCACGGAUGAUGGUUAUAAGAUAGUGGACAGACAUAAUGUUUCCAUCGCUUCGUCAUCAACACCCUUCAACUGAUGCCCUCCAAAAUCAGAUUGUCACGGUCUCUCCCGGUAAUUGUAACAGCUUGGCGUGGAAGAAUAAGAAGUGAUCCCUGCCUAUUAAAGAGAAACUGAAGAUGCUUGGAGAGUUUUCAUCAAAUUCAAACAAAGGAAAAUGGUGCAGCAAAAGCAAAGUAGAACACCUGCAAAGCAAAUCACGUAGAAUUCCCACUUGCAAGUCAUUUUCAAAGAAAGUAACAAUAAGCUUCAAGUAUGGAGGAAUAAGGUUGCAGAGAAGAAAGA